CCGCGCAGUCUCGCUGCUGUUCCCCCUUAACAGGGUCCGCUGCGUGCAAACGGGCUCCGUUAAAACGCUCAAGCGGCUGCGUGUGAAACUACCCCUCCCCCCCAAAGCGCAAACCCCUAAACCCCGCGUUGUCUCCGACUUGGAGAUGGAGCAUCGCGACCUCCCGCGCGGGCUCUGGCCGGAGUGAUCUGGGCUUCCGGGCCCGCGAGCCCCGCACCGUCGGCCGGCCUGCGGGGGGUUCUACCGGUCCUCACUCUCCCGUGCGCGCGGCUGGGCCGUCUCAGUGGGGAAGGUCCCUCCGGGCCGCGAGGGGGCGCGGCGGAGGGAGCGCCGACCUCCGACUCUUCCCGGCCGUGGGACCUGGGCGAGUCCCUCACCCCCAACUGCCUCGGGAAAAAGGGUCCUUUGGGAGUCAGGGAAGCUCGCGAGAUGAGCUCUCAGAGUCCGCGCGCCCGUCCAAGGGCUGCAUCUCCCGGGAAUGGCAGAGCCGGACGCGGAGCAGCAAGGUGAUGACAAUCGUCAAGUCUCGGAGCUUCCGGGAGAAGAAGGGGAAGAUCCUGCUGGAGGGCCGGAGGCUGAUGGCGGACGCCCUGAGAGCCGGCGCCCAGCCGCAGACGGUCUUCUUCAGCCGGCUGGAGUACGUGAAGGAGCUCCCCGGGGACAAGCUGAAAGGGGCCAGCCUCGUCAAGGUGAAGUUUGAUGAGAUCAAGGAGUGGUCUGACCUCGUGGCUCCCCAAGGAAUAAUGGGCAUUUUUGCCAAACCUGACCACGCUAAGAUGAAGUUUCCGGAGACCCAACUUCAACAUUCUCUGCCCUUGGUGCUGAUUUGUGACAAUCUUCGUGAUCCUGGAAACUUGGGCACCAUCCUGAGAUCUGCUGCUGGGGCAGGUUGCUGCAAGGUGCUGCUCACCAAAGGCUGUGUGGACGCGUGGGAGCCCAAGGUGCUCCGGGCUGGCAUGGGGGCUCACUUCCAGGUGCCCAUCAUCAGCAACCUGGAGUGGAAGCAUGUCCCCGACCACUUACCCUCAGACACCAGGGUCCAUGUGGCCGACAACUGCGGCCGGCACGCCGGGGCCCAGCAGUCCGGCAGAGCCAGUGACCAGGGUGGGGUGUGUGACCGGCGCUUUCAGAAACAUCGCAAAUACCAGGAGGAGGAGCUGCGGGAAGCAGUGCCAGCCGGGAACUGGCUCCCGGACCUCAAAGUCCAGAGCUACGACAUGGCUUGGACAGAGGCGCCGGUGGCCAUAGUGAUAGGGGGGGAGACCCACGGGGUCAGCGUGGAGUCCCUGCAGCUGGCCGAGAGCACCGGGGGCAAGAGGCUGCUGAUCCCUGUUGUGCCGGGCGUAGACAGCCUGAAUUCGGCCAUGGCGGCCAGCAUCCUGCUCUUCGAGGGGAGAAGGCAGCUAAGAGGUGGGGGCCCCCAGGCCAGGCUGAUGGGCGGCAGCGAGGACCCCACCUCUGCUCAGGACCUUGGUGCUCUCCAGGAGGAGUUUUCGCGCUUGAGGAGCUAGGGGGCCGUUGGACAGUCACCUGGUCCCCAGUUUUCUGAUUAUACUUUUUUCUUAGAACCUG